AUGUCUUCAACAGCCAGAUCAGUCUCUCGUUGCUCUAUGCGCGGCUUAUUCGGUACAUUCAAGCUUGAUUGUAAGGCCGCCGCGCUCGAGUUCGUUGGGACAACGUUGUUUCUACUCUUAGGACUUGGCGGUAUCCAGGCGGCUACUGACGAGACCGGAGUCAGCGGCACCACUAUCGAACAUGUGAUGUAUAUCGCGACAUCCAUGGGUUUCAGCCUUCUGGUCUCCGCUUGGUUGUUCUACAGGAUAACGGGCGGCCUCUUUAACCCCAAUAUCACGCUUGCACUGUUUCUAGUAGGGCUGGUGAGCCCCGUGAGAUUUGUGUUGUUCUGUAUCGCACAGCUGGUUGGAGCUAUUACUGCAUCAGCGCUGUUGCUUGCCCUGACCCCUGGACCACUGUAUGUUAACACAUUCCUACAAAAGGGAAUCAAUUCGUUUCAAGGCGUUUUCAUUGAAAUGUUCCUCACAGCAACGCUGGCUUUAGCCGUUCUGAUGCUAGCCGCUGAGAAAUCCCAGGUUACUCCGUUUGCACCAAUUGGCAUCGGGCUGACGCUAUUUGUCGGACAUUUAUGGGCCAUAUUUUAUACAUGUGCAUCGAUGAAUACGGCACGUUCAUUCGGGCCUGCUGUCGUUACUGGGUUUCCUUACCCUGACCAUUGGGUAUAUUGGGUUGGUCCGUUUCUUGGCUCUCUGCUGGGAGCUGCUUUCUACAGUAUGCUGAAAUGGAUACAUUAUCAAGAUUUGAAUCCUGGGCAGUCGUCCACGCAGGAGAAGGAUUCGCCGGAUCCAGUGCUUACCGAGGCACCAAGUGACACCGAGAACGCUUGGCAUAACGGAGAUGUUGCGGGAAGGAGUGCGGGAAGUGUGGGGACAUGCAAACCGUAGGGUUGAAUGUAACAAUGAGGCCUUUUCUCUCGGAAUAGAGAUAUAUAUGAGUAUCAGCUAACUAUACCAAUUUGUAUAACUCACACACGCAGGGCGUAGACAGUGUCUUCUAUGUACUGAUAGAUGGCGGUUCGAAAUUUAUCUAUAGAAAGUUUUGCAGAGAUUCCCUAAGGCUGUUAAGCACGAGGCAAACCCUAGCUGAAAUGCUCGUAUGAUUCCCAGAGGGCAUUAUAAAUGAGCAUACCCGAAGGUUACGAGUGCUGUCAAAGAAUUUGCUUCAGAGUAAUUUUUAAAUAACGAGAGCCAUUGCGACCUUCUCGCCCUAUAGUCCCCCCUUCCAUAGAACGAGCAUGUUGAGUAAUUCAUCUUCACAGAGGAAGUAUGC